AUGGCCUCCAACGGUGUCUCCAACGGUGUGAGCGCGGGGAAGCACUACAAUGAGGGAACCUUCCUCUUCACUUCCGAGUCUGUCGGCGAAGGUCAUCCCGACAAAAUCUGCGAUCAGGUCUCGGAUGCUAUCCUCGAUGCCUGCCUGGCAGAGGAUCCUCUCUCCAAGGUUGCCUGCGAGACGGCCACCAAGACAGGCAUGAUCAUGGUCUUUGGUGAAAUUACGACCAAGGCCAAGCUCGACUACCAGAAGAUCGUUCGCCAAACCAUCAAGGAUAUUGGCUACGAUGACUCGUCGAAAGGCUUCGAUUACAAGACUCUCAACCUCCUGGUCGCGAUUGAGGAGCAGUCGCCCGAUAUCGCCCAGGGUCUGCACCUUGAUGACCGCCUCGAGAACCUCGGCGCCGGUGACCAGGGUAUCAUGUUCGGCUACGCCACGGACGAGACCCCUGAGCUCUUCCCCCUGACGCUGCUCUUUGCCCACAAGCUCAAUGCCGCUAUGGCCAAGGCCCGCCGUGACGGCACUCUUCCUUGGCUCCGUCCCGAUACCAAGACUCAAGUGACCAUCGAGUACAAGCACGACAAUGGUGCGGUCGUUCCCCUCCGCGUCGACACCAUUGUCGUCUCAGCCCAGCAUAGCCCCGAUAUCACUACCGAGGAGCUCCGCAAGGAGAUUUUGGAGAAGAUUAUCAAGACCACUAUUCCUCCUCAGUACUUGGAUGACAGGACCAUUUAUCACAUUCAACCUUCCGGCCUGUUCAUCAUCGGUGGCCCCCAGGGUGACGCUGGUCUGACGGGCCGCAAGAUCAUCGUCGACACUUACGGAGGUUGGGGCGCCCAUGGUGGCGGCGCCUUCUCGGGCAAGGACUUCUCUAAGGUUGACCGCUCUGCUGCCUACGUCGCUCGUUGGAUUGCCAAGUCUCUGGUGGCUGCUGGCCUCUGCCGUCGUGUCCUCGUCCAGCUGUCGUACGCCAUCGGUGUUGCCGAGCCCCUCUCCAUCUACGUCGACCAUUACGGCACUUCUCAGAAGACUUCGGCUGAGCUGGUCAAGAUCAUCCGUGACAACUUCGACUUGCGUCCCGGUGUCAUUGUCAAGGAGCUGGAUUUGGCUAAGCCUAUCUACCUCCAGACGGCGAAGAACGGCCACUUCGGCUCCAACCAGAGCUUCCCUUGGGAGAAGCCCAAGCAGCUCAAGUUCUAA